AUCCCAUCAGCGCCGUCUCGCCGAAGGUCAACACCACGCGAGAAGGCGUGCGCGGCGUCAAAACCAUGGGCAACACCCAGCUGGUGUUUCUGGACGUGCCCGGGAUCAUCCCAUCCCACCAGAAGCUGGCGAACCGCGAGCUUGUGGCCCAGGCAUGGCAAGGCUACCAGGAGUGCGACCUCUGUUUGCUGGUGAUCGAUGUAGUCAAGCGCCCCACUGCUGAAAUCUUUGACGUGGUGCGCAAGAUCUGUCCCAAAGAGGACAUUGACCAGGCUGGAAUGCGGCGACGCAUGUCGUCCUUGAUGCAGGUGAACGACGAGGGCGAGACCGAGAUUCCGACGGACGCCUACAAUCUGCUGUGCGCAGCCCAGCGAGCCAUUCUAACACAUCGCGGAAUCCGCUCCUAG